AUGAUCCAAAUGUCUCAUCAAAAUCAAAAUCUCCAUCCGUAUUAUACUCAGGCGCAUUCAAAAAUAUUAAAUAACAACAGCAAUAACAAAAACAAUAGCAAUAACAAUAAUAAUACUGCUAGCACUACUAUUACUACUACUACUACUACUAUUACCACUAUUAAUAACAGCACUAGUGAGAUAAUAAUGAACAGUAAAAUCCCUAAAAUUCUAGACUCAAAUGGUUCAGUUGAACCGAUUACUAAUAGCAACCUAAAUAAUAAUUCAAAAAAUCCAUUUAAUAAUACUCAAAAUAUUAAUCCUAAUAUAUUACCGAAUAAUAACAAUUUUAAUGAUCGAAAAGGACAAUAUUCUAUUCCAAAUCAAAUAAAUCCGACAAAUCCAAAUUCUUAUCCAGUUUAUUCAACACAUCAAAGAUUGCAACCAAAUAUUCAAAAUUAUUCAAAUUAUCCUAAUAAUAUGGUUGGUAAUAAAAAUAAUAAUGUUCAUUCAAUGAACCAUUUUCCUAAUACAAAUAAUCAAUCUAAUAAUACUCUUGAAUUCAAUUUGAAAAGUAAUCCCAAGAAAAAUGCAAAAAACUCUUUGAAUAGAAUUGUUCCAAAUGGUGAUCGAAUUAUACCGAAUGCUCAUGUUCAUCACCCACAUCCAAAUAUUCCUCGAUCGAAUAAUAUAAAUUAUUAUAAUACUAUCCAUAAUAAUAACAUGAAUAACAAUAAUAAUAUUCCUCAUGGACAAGUAAAUCAUAAUCAAACUUCAAAUAAUUAUAAAUUAAAUACAACAACUAAUUCGAAUAAAACGCAUCAUAAUAAUAUUCAUAAUAGGCUGCCUUUGAAUAAUUCAAAAACAUUUUUAAAUAAUAAUAAUACUAGUAACACUAACAUUAACAUUGGUAACAAUAAUAAGUCAACUAAAUAUACAAAUAACACUUCCUUCCAUACGGUUCCUUCAAUAAAAUUAUCUGAAAACAAUCUACCAAUACAGCAGAAACCUCAUAUUAAAAACCAAAAAAACAAUGUGCAUGUUAAACCUCUAUUAAAUACUCCAAAAAAGAUUAAUAGUCCAACUAUAACAAUAACUGAUGAAUCAAAAAUAUCACAUAUGAGCAGAUCACCUAAAUUCAAUACAAAUCAAGAAAAGGAUAAAGAUAUAUCCAAAAGUAAUACCGAUGAUAAUACCCCGAAAAUUAACAGUAAUGAAUUGGUUUCAAAAUCACAAAUGAAAGUAUGUGCAAAAUGUAAUCUACCAAUUGAUUCUAAAAAUAAAGAUAAAUCAAGAGGAAGCGUGUUAAAAGCUUUAGGCAAUUAUUAUCAUGAACAUUGUUUUUCAUGUCAUGAUUGUUCAACCUGGCUAAAGAAAAAAUAUUUCCCCUACAAAGAUCCAAUGACAGAUAAAACAAUUUUGCUUUGCCAAUAUCAUUAUUUUUAUCGUCAUAACUUAUUAUGUUAUGUUUGUGAUAAACCAUUACGUGGGUUGUAUUACACGGCCUUCGAUAGAAGAUAUGAUGAAGAGCAUUUUUCAUGUACGAUCUGUAAGAAGCCUUGUGGUAUAAAAAAAUGUUUUAUUUACGAUGAUAAAUUAUAUUGUAAAUAUCAUUUCUUAAAAUAUUUCUCUAAGCGUUGUAAAGGUUGUGAUUUCCCAAUAUCUGAUCAAUAUAUUGAAUUUCCAAAGGGUAAAGAUAUUCAUUGUUGGCAUCCAGAAUGUUAUGGGAUACAAAAAUACUGGCAUGUUACCUUAUCUGCUGAAAAUUUGUCUAUUCCAGCAUUUAAAUAUGGUAAAUUUGAUUCUAAAACGUUGGAGCACUCUAAUACAGCUUUGUCAGAUGAAGAAAAUACUGAUUUGGAUGCAAAUACUACUUUUGAUCCGAGAAAAAUGAAGUCCACACAACAACAAGUCGUUAAGAGAUCAGCUUCUCAAACAGCAGCUCAAUUGGAACAAAGCCGUGAUGAAAUGCAGAAAAAUAUAAAAUUGUUUACUUCAAUAUUAAGUAAGACUUGGUCUGUAAUGUAUCGCUUCGAAGAAGAAACCGCGUCCACAAUUACAGAUAUGUUUCAAUACUUGACUAUUAUCGAUCAAAUAAAAGGUAUCGAAGCCACAGCUUUAUUUGUUUUAAAAAUAGAAUGCUUAUUUAAGGCACUUGAACCAUUUGAUGCAUUUAAUGGGACUCUGAAGAAAAUUAAAACAAAUGAAGAAUUGAAAUUAGAGGAAUCUAAUAAUUAUUCAAGUGUGGAUAAUGUUCAUUAUAGAUGUAGUAAAUUACCAAAAAAAAUAUCAACUAAAAUAAUGGUUUAUUUACAAUUGUUAAGAAAAUUAAAUAUUGAUUUCGAUAAAAAUAAAAUGGAAUUGACUGGGUUUAUGUCUGUGAUUACUAGUGUCGCUCAUUUCCUAAAAUUAUUAACGAGGUAUGGUAUAUUUGGUGCACUUCUGAAGAAUAAAAGUAUUGGUUCAAAUACUCCAUUAUUAUUAUUCCUUCGAGAAGUAGAAAAAAAUGAAAUAUACAAAUCGAAUCCAUUUAAUUACAUUAAAGUUUCCAUUAAAUCAACAGAUGGAUGUUCUAAAUGUACAGAGUAUAUCCAAGAAGAAUGUAUUCAGUAUGGAGAAAAUAGAUGGCAUCUACAUUGCUUUCAAUGCCACUCUUGUGGAAGUGUUAUUGAUAAAAGUGAUUUAGGAGAAGCAACUUUCAACAAUAAAUUAAAAAAAGUCUUAUGCUCUAAAUGUUCUAUUAAUGACCCUGAAUCUUUACCUGGGUUUAAGUACGUCUCCAACUUAGGUCAAUUAGUUUACUUACUAAAGAUUGCCUUAGUGAAGUCUAAAACUGUCAUGGAAUUACAAAUGAAGAAUAGAGUGAACUCUACAUAUCCAAACCAAAUGCGUGAGGCGAUCUCUAUGCAUCAAACAUAUAUUAGAACAUUAAAUGAUAUCAAGAGAUUAAAAUCCCAAAGAGAAAGUAUCCCAAUGGCUCACGAUAAACAACAAGCAAGAAAAUCGGUGGUACUUGAAACGACAGAAACUAAUAUUGUUCAAGAAGAUUCUAAUUUAACAGAACAGAAAUUAAUUAUUGAAACUGAUGCUAUGCUUCAGCCACCUUCUGCAAAUGAAAAUGUUUUUGGGAACUCUAAGUCAUUAACCUUGGAUGAUAUCUCAAGAAUUGUUGCAGCAGAGCAAGCCCGGGAAUUAAGGCCUAAUGCUUUUGCUCACUUUAAGAAAUUAAAAGACGAUAAUGAUGAUGAUGGUGAGCCAGCACAGAGAAGAAGUGGUAUUUACUAUGCAGAAAAGAAUGAAGCAGAUAUGAAUCUAUUAAGAUUAAUCAGUAUUGCUUUAUUAAAGCAAGAUUUAAAAUCAUCAUUUAACGAAGUUGAUAUUAAUGAAUAUAUUGGCACAUGUUCAAAUCAUAAUGAAAAGCCUGCCCAUUCUGGAAAUUUCUGGUCCAAAAUGAGAGUCGCAAUGAACAUUGAAUCGAAAAAACCUGAGCCUAAAAAAAUGUUUGGUUCUCCUUUAAAUGUAGUAUGUUCAAAAUGGGGUAUUGAUUCUGAUUUAGGUAUAGGCCCUUCUAAAAUUAGAAUUCCUGUUAUUAUCCAUGAAUUGAUAUCUUGCAUGAGACAAAAGGAUAUGUCGGUUGAAGGUGUGUUUAGAAAGAAUGGUAAUAUUCGUAAAUUAAGGGAAAUCACAGAAUUAAUUGAUAGUUAUCCAGAUGAUAUUCCUGAUCUCUCGACUAGUAACGCUAUCCAACUUUCAGCUUUAUUAAAGAAAUUUUUGAGGGAUUUACCAGAUCCAAUUAUGACUAAAAUUCUAUAUAACAUUUGGAUUAGUAUUGCAAAGUUAGAAGAUUCGGCAGAAAAACAAAGAUUGUUAGCAUUAGCAUAUACGAUUUUACCAACAUAUAAUAGAAAUGUUCUCGAAGUAAUUUUUUCUUUUCUUUUUUGGACUGCUUCAUUUUCGCAUUUUGAAAAUAAAAUGGGUUCUAAGAUGGAUAUACAUAACCUUUCUACUGUAAUGGCACCUAAUAUUCUUUAUUUCUCUAAUGAACGAAAUAUUUCUGGUACUACGCUAACAAAUGAAAGUAGCCAUCCAUCUAGUACUAAUACUUCCUCAAAUUUAACUAAUGGCAAAAUAAGAGAGCCAGAUCAGCGAUUUGCAGAAGCUGGGGGUGAAAAUUAUUUCUUAGGGAUUGAGAUUAUCGAUUCACUAAUUACACACCAUGAAGAUAUGUCAAUUAUUCCUAAAUUUUUAACUACAUUACUAGAAGAAGUCAAAUUGAAAAAAAUUGAAACUUUCGAAGAUAUUGAAGAAUUCAUUAAGACUAAAAUAAUGAAUACUGCAAUUAAUUAUAAUGAAUUUGAGAUUAAAAAUCAACUUAAAAUGGUUAAUUCUGGUUCAAUUGUAACACAAAAUAAAAUGGAAAAUAAUAACUAG